AUGCAAAAGGCAACCUACUACGACAGCUCCGCAAUUUACAGUGGCUACCCAUAUCAAAGCGCAAAUGGCUUCAGUUAUGAUGCCAAUCAGGUCCAAUAUCCCCGGGCCUCUCAUGUGGAAAGUGAGUACCAUCGACCUGCCUGCUCCCUGCAGUCUCCUGACGGCUCCGUGGCUUUGCAAAAGCCGGGGGAGAUGGCGGAGAGCUGCGACAGGACCACAGCCAUUCAGGCGGCGCAGUCCAAGGUUCAUCCCGAAAGCAAUCAACCGCAGGUGCCGGUAUCAGGCCCACCCCCUCCCUCACAGUCCCCCGGUGCUAUCAGCCAAAACACAAGCAACGGAUCCAACCAACCAGUCAGUGCCAAGAACGACUCCCCGACCUCUACCGCUCGCAGCAAGCAGAUCUUCCCCUGGAUGAAGGAAUCCCGUCAGAACACCAAGCAGAAACCCACCAGUAGCUCCAGUUCAGUGGAGAGUUGCCCCGGAGACAAAAGCCCUCCGGGGUCAGCAGCAUCAAAGAGGGCCCGGACAGCUUACACUAGCGCUCAGCUUGUGGAAUUGGAGAAGGAGUUCCACUUUAACCGGUACCUCUGCAGACCCCGGAGGGUGGAGAUGGCGAACCUGCUCAACCUCACAGAGAGACAGAUCAAAAUCUGGUUCCAGAACCGCAGGAUGAAAUACAAGAAGGAUCAGAAAGGCGUCGGAAUGAUGCCUUCUCCCGGUGGACAGUCCCCGCGCAGUCCCGUGGGCCCAGCAUCCGGUGCUGGCGGUGGCGGUGUGGGAGGCGGAUACCUCAACUCUAUGCAUUCUCUCGUAAACAGUGUUCCAUAUGAAUCCCAGUCGCCGAAUUCUUACAGUAAACCUCAUCAAAACGCAUACGGUAUGCCUACGUCAUACCCCCCUCCUUUAAACAACUCCCUCAACAACUGCCCGCCCUCCCAGAAGAGGUAUCCCGGGAACGAUUCUGCCACGCCCGAGUAUGACGCGCAUCCCCUCCAAGGCAAUGGCAGUUACGGGACGCACAUGCAAGGCAGCCCUGUUUAUGUCGGCGGAGGUUACAUCGACUCAAUGCCCAGUUCUGGGGCCUCUGUUUUCGGUCUGGCCCACCUUACGCACCCACCGUCCGCAAACAUGGAGUAUAAUGGAGCAAUCACAAUGGGUAACAGUCAGCAUCACGGAGUGUGUGAUCCAACACCGACGUACACAGACCUAACGCCGCACUACUCUCAGGGAAGAAUCCAGGAAGCGCCCAAACUGACGCAUCUGUAG